AUCAUAAUCGUUUAUAUAACUAUUUUUUUGUGUGACCCAAUUUUUGUAACUAUCUCUUCUUUUUAUUCGCACUUGCCUAUUGUAAAUUUGAAUAAUGGCUUCUCCACCACUCGACAACGCUGAAUUCAAAGACGAUGAUCCCGAUUCGCUUCUUGUUAAUAUCGAGCAUCGAAACACAAAAACAGGAACUUCGCUCGAUGGUUGGAGAGCAGUACCUGGAUCUUAUUUCAGCAGCAGACGCCAUCAUUGCCAUGAGCAAAAACGCGCACGCAGUACAAAAUAAACUUGACCGUAUGGAGGCAGCUUGCGAUGUGUCGACCAUACGGAAAAAGGCCGCAGAAGCUAAAGCUGGUCAAAACGAAGAAGGACAUGAUCAAAAACGACGAUAUGUCUAUGCACUAGCGUCGUUAAUCAAAUCACUAGCCGAUGUUCCUGAACAAAUAUGGCAUGCACUGGAGAAUCACAAGUAUCUUCAUGGUGCAAGGCUUUAUGAGCUAGCAAGGAUGGUGUAUGAGUAUUUGGAUGUAGAAGCGGACGAUGUCAAUAUCCAGGUAAGGAAAGAUGAAGACGGUGAGGAUACGAGUAGAAUAGACUGACCAUAAUACAAACGAUCCAUCCAUCCGUUCUAUAUGCUAGGCAGCAUUUCCAGUUGUACAGCGACAAUGGGAUGCUGUAAGCUUCUUC